AGUGAAGUGAAGUAAGUAACACUCUAACAUUAGACUUGGCAUCAGAUUCAGAUCCUCCGUCGCCAUCACCCCUAACCUCUUUUCCUUUCUGUAGCCCAUAAACUAACAGCAGCACCUCACCUUCAGAUCUAAAAAAAUGAGCAGCAACAGUAGCAGAACCGAACCCAUAGCCCAAAACAUCAUCAAACUCAUCAGCGAUCUCUGCUUCUCCGUCUUUGUCUUCUCUGUCUUAAUCUUCACCGUCAUAGCCAUAACCUACCAUCCCCCAGACCCAUGGCUCGAGUCCACCCCUGCCCUAACCAACCUCUUCACCCAAUCACAAAAUGCCACUUUCCGAAUCGACUCCUCCGUCCUCAAAACCGGCGAAGACCUCGCUCCCUCGCCGCAAGACCCUCCCCUCCCGUCGCCGCCACCCUCCGCCUCCGCCGUCACCGAAGCCGUCAUCGAGAAAUCCGAACAGCAAAUUGCCAACUCCACCGCUAACUCCACCGCUGAUUCCACCGACUCCACCGACGCGGCGCUUCCUUCUCCCCCCGCCUGCGACGGAACCAUAAACUGCUCCAACCCUCGCGUUCGUAUUGCUAUUCAGAGAUUCAACCUCCGCGCGUUCAAGUCCAUUGCCUUCUUCGACUACCAACCGCCGGUGAACGGCUCCGUCGCCGGCGAGUGCGACGUCGCUUGGCGCUUCCGGAACAAGCGCGAACGCUCCUGGCGCAAGUACCGCGACUUUCGCCGCUUCAAGAUCGCAGUCACCGACGACUGCAGGUACAAGGUGGUGCACGCCGGCGGCUGGCACUCCGGCGCCAAUGCUCGCCGGAAUAUGACGCGCUCCGGUGCCGCCAGGGGUGGUAAGACCCUGCCGCCGCGGGCUUCAGCCCGCGAUGAUGAGAUCAAUGACACGAUUCCGACUUUGGGAUCGGAGACUAAUUUUAGGAAUGGGAAGUAUUUGUAUUACUCGAGAGGUGGGGAUUACUGCAAGGGAAUGAAUCAUUAUUUGUGGAGUUUCUUGUGUGGAUUGGGGGAAGCUAUGUUUUUGAACAGGACUUUUGUUAUGGAUUUGAGUGUUUGUUUGGCUUCAACUUAUAACCCUAGUAACAAGGAUGAGGAGGGGAAGGAUUUUAGGUACUACUUCGAUUUCGAGCAUUUGAAGGAGACGGCUUCGAUUGUGGAGGAAGGUGAGUUUUUGAGGGAUUGGAAGAAUUGGGAUAAAACGCAUUUGAAGAAGAAGAAGAUUCCUGUUAGGAAGGUUGUCAAUCACAAGGUGACUCCUAUGCAGCUUAAGAAGGAUAAGAGUACGAUUAUAUGGAGGCAGUUUGAUGCGCCGGAGCCUGAAAAUUAUUGGUAUAGGGUUUGUGAAGGUGAGGCCGCUAAGAAUAUUCAGAGGCCUUGGCAUGCUGUGUGGAAAUCCAAGAGGUUGAUGAAUAUUGUUACUGAGAUUAGUGGAAGGUUGGACUGGGAUUUUGACGCCGUUCAUGUGGUUCGGGGAGAGAAAGCUCAGAACAAGGAGUUGUGGCCUCAUUUGGAUUAUGAUACGUCGCCGGAUGUUCUUGUCGAGAAGCUUAAAUGGAUGGUUCAGCCUUGGAGACAUUUGUACAUUGCCACCAAUGAGCCUUAUUAUAAUUACUUUGAUAAGUUGAGGUCAAAUUACAAGGUGCAUCUGCUUGAUGACUAUAAGGAGCUGUGGGGAAAUACAAGUGAGUGGUAUAACGAGACCACACUUCUCAACAAUGGAAAGCCUGUUGAGUUUGAUGGGUACAUGAGAGUUGCAGUGGAUACUGAGGUCUUUUACCGUGGAAAGACACGCGUGGAAACGUUCUACAAUUUGACUAAAGAUUGCAAGGAUGGAGUUAAUACAUGCUGAUCAGGAAUACCCAUUUUAGUGGUAGACUUCACUCCAUGCCACGGUCCACUGACGACACUACUUUGAGUUCAUUCUUAUACCUUGAGGAUCUUUUUUAGGCAAUCUAUAUGAAACCGUUGGUUGGAUGAAUCUUUUUUUCCUUGCACAUGACUUGUCAACAUCCCCACAAAGGUCUGUUUCAUUGAGAUUACAAAUUAAUCUGAAUGUAUUCCUUUUAAUGUGUGGCAUCUCUAAUUUGGUGCCACCUCUAGUUCAUGUUUCUGCAAAAACAAAAAUUGUUUCACAUUAGAGACAGCCGUGUUUUAGAAAAUGAAAUUGGUCAGGAUACCUUCCUCAUCA